AGAAAUUAAUAAUACCUUCCGAAAUAAACACACAAAUGAUAAUAACCACGUAAUCUGCACCGAAGCGGCCCCCUUGGGAGAAAAAGAAAACUGCAGAAAGGAAAUUCCAAAGAGGGCAGACUGGCGGUAGCAGAAAGAAAGAAGAAGACUAAGGCAUUUAGGGCAAAGCUUUGAACAUUCAUAUUCCUCAUAACAAUGCCGGUGGAAUGAAUCGCUUCUAAGGGAACAUCCCACGGGGUACCCACACCUUUCAUCGAAGAACUACUGAAGUUCGAAGUUUUCUUACGCGAUUUUUCUGCUUUUUGAUUCAAUGGUUGACGGGAGUACUGGAAUGCAUUUUCCCGAUCAUCGGUUGGAUAGGUCAUUGUGUCAAAGUUUUUGUCACGGAAUUGUGGAGGGGGUGUCUGGGGUGGAAGAAUGUGACAAGGACUAUCUGAAUUUCUUAAAUGAUUUGACGUACGGUGUGGACAGUAAUGAUGAGAACGUUGAUGCUUAUCUUGAGGAUGGUGAUAAUUCGACUUCACACUUUAACUGGUCGGAUAAAAAAGUUGAUCCUGUUUAUAGGAUGUUUUUUCACCAUUUGAUCGGAGAUGGGAAAGCUUAUAAGCUUGAAAUUCCAUCGGUUAAUGGGAUGAAAGUGUAUGCUGUGAAGUACGAGGAACAGGAACAAGAACAAUCAAGUCUUAAUAGAAAAAGACCUGGAACUACCAGGAUCUUAAGGAGUGAUUCAAAGAGAAUGAAGAUAGAGAGCCAACCUAAAAAAAGCCCGGUUUUUUCAUUUGAAAAAGAGUUCAAUGUGGAUUGUGCAAAAUCUAUUGAUGGAAAUUCAAGCACAAUCCCCGGUGCACUUCCUCGUUCUGCUAAGCAUCUUUUCCAAUCCAAUUCUGACUCGAAUUUGAUAGAUGAAGACUACAAGACAUUUUUGAAUGAUUCCUUUUAUGAUGAUGAUCAUACAUUGACAUAUACGCCAGUGGACGGUAGGUCAAUUGUCUAUGAGGACGGUGAAAGUAUCUCUGAUUCAGAAGUGCUGAUGUUUGAGACUGAUCCAUGUAAGCAAAACCGUCGUUCCUUUGGGAGAAAAUAUUCUUGUUUUACUGUGGACGUAGAUAGUGGGAAGUGUCUUAGUCUUGGUAGACGUACUGGUUCCAAUUUCAGGGAAAGGCUCAUGAAAGUUCUUAAAAGUCCAUACGACGAACGUCAGUAUGACUAUUAUCUUGAUGAAGUAAGUCGUCGUCGGCCACAAGUGCGUCAUAGAGAGUUACGUAGUCGAGUGCUAAAAGCAUAUCAACUGGAUUCUUACGGCAAAUCAUAUCUUCAUAUCCAUAGUGAGCUUGCUACGAAAAUCCAAGCAGUUCAAUAUGAUCGCCUUAGAACUUUGACUCUACUGCGUGGCUUCUUCUAUUGGUUGCAGAAUUUAUCACAUGAGGAUGCGUUUCAGCCUUGGAUGGAUCCAUCAUGCUUGAGUGUGUUGCCGCAGUCAUAGCUUGGAAGUUUAGCACAAUUUGGCUCUUGUUUCACUUUAUAUGCAGAAGAAUGAAUCCAGAUAAAAUGGUACAUCAUGAAUGUAUUUUGGUUGGUCGUGGGUUUCAUGUUUUUGUAAAUAUAUUAGGAAUUAAAUUAGUAGGUGCUAUCCAUUACAUUGUAACUCUUGUUGAGCCCAUGACAUUGAAGUGUAGAAGAAACACAUUCAUUCUGCUUAGUGUAGCAUUGCGUCUUUUUUUUUUUAUUCAUUUGGAAGAUUUUAAAAGACCAAGAUUUCAGAUUAUGAGACAGGGAAUUAAGAGAGGGCAAACUAUCACUCUGACUUCAGCUUAAA